GGGUAUUCAAUAAAUCAUUGUAGUGUUUAGGUGGGAAGAAUGGGUGGCCAAUUUGCUAAGCCAAGAUCCAGUCCAUUUGAAGAAAAGGAUGGGGUGAAGCUGACAAAUUAUCGGGGUGACGCUGUCAACGGGUAUGCGUUUGAUGAAAAAUCAAGAAUCCCGGACCCUCAUAGACUGAUUAGGGGCUACACCCAAUCUGUGGCAACACUGAACCUUCUCAGAGCAUUUGCUACCGGAGAAUAUGCUGCGAUGCGGAGGGUUACUGAGUGGAAUCUUGAUUUUGCUGAGCAGAGGGAUAAGUAUAAAGAACUGGCUAACCGAGUCGAUGAGGCCCUUGGUUUCAUGGCUGCUUGUGGUCUCACAGCUGACCACCCACUCAUGACCAUUACGGAAUUCUGGACGUCUCAUGAGUGUUUGCUUUUACCUUAUGAACAAGCAUUAACGAGGGAAGAUUCGACAAGUGGCCUUUAUUGCGACUGUUCUGCUCAUAUGCUUUGGGUUGGUGAACGCACACGGCAACUAGAUGGCGCCCAUGUUGAGUUUCUUAGAGGAGUCACCAACCCCAUUGGGAUCAAGGCGAGUGAAAAGAUGGAUCCUAAUGAGCUAAUAAAGCUUAUUGACAUUCUGAAUCCUCAAAAUAAACCUGGAAGAAUAACAGUGAUCACCAGAAUGGGAGCUGAGAACUUGAGAUUGAAGCUUCCGCAUCUGAUUAGGGCAGUCCGUGAAUCAGGCCAAAUUGUCACUUGGGUCACCGAUCCCAUGCAUGGAAACGCCAUUAAGGCUCCUUGUGGACUCAGGACGCGCCCCUUUGAUGCAAUAAAGGAUGAAGUGAUAGCAUUCUUUGAUGUACAUGAUCAAGAAGGAAGCUACCCCGGAGGUGUGCAUCUAGAAAUGACGGGACAGAAUGUUACAGAAUGCAUAGGAGGCUUUUUACAAGGUGUCCGGGCUUGUUUAUGUUUUAUAAUAUACAAGUUCAGAUCGUGUAAAGAAGUAAUAACAUGUCAUUUUAUUAACAAAGAGCGACAUUUAAGUGAAAGAUCUUUCAUACUCUUUGAGAUCAAUUAUAGGUUACCAGAGCCAAAAUUUAUGAUUUCCCCCUUAUAUAUUGUUUUGCAUGUAAUAGCGCGUGAAAACCAGUCUUUACCCAAGAAACACUCUUACAAGAAAAAGAGAGUUUUUACUAUUAAGUUUUUAUGGGAGAAAUGGAAAGGAAAGAGUAGUGGGAAUUUUCAUCUUACAUAA